GAUCAUGUGGUGCAGUAGAAAAAACGCAAUCAUUUUUUCCAUCUUGUUCGCAAACACAAUAUUUUGAAGAUACGUCAGCGCCACUACUUAGCGUAUAUCUGUUUUGAUUCCACCGCCUUAUAGGACAGCAUGGACAGGAACAGAUUUCAACAUUUACAUUUCCCAAGUACGGAGCGCUUUUGUUACUUUCAAUAUUGAAUGAUCGACAGCAUUUUUUCUCGAAUAGCACUUUUAGUACGAAUUCUGAAAAAGUUUUUCACACGACCGUGGAGACAUUUCCUGGUCCGGCGGAAAACGUUCGUUAUUACUCGGAAAGAAGGACUUCUACCAGGUCCAGGACAUAAGUUUCCUUUACCAGCAACUACUUCUUUUUUCAAAAAAUAAAAACUUCCACAACGUACUAUCAAUCUCCACAACUACGAUGAUUCCAUCCACACCCUUAUUUGCCGCGGGGCGGCCACAGUCGCUGGCGGUAUCAGCAGCCCUGCUCCUUUCUGCAUUUCUUGCGAGCAGGCCGGUUCUCGGAGCUAGCAGUAGUAGAACAGAAGGUGGUGGUGGUGGUGUCAAUAUGCUCCCGCCGCAGCCACAGUUCCCCACGACCACGACGCCGGCGACGAGAUUCUACAAGCCGCACACCUUUGAGAAGCGAGAGACGGGUUUUCGCGCUGGGAGUUUUGCUAGCAGGGGCCCUUCGACGCAGUUCACAACUCUGACCGGAGCGACUGGUGCACCGAACAAGCGUAAGAAGUACUACUCACACAUGUAUGCCGCCGUGGAUAAUUUUGCUACGUUCUCUAGUACGCCCGGACUUGCCUUGAACGGUGCUAGCAUCCACUUUACGCUGCGACUGAAGGAGAAAGACAGCUGGCGGCAGUCAAAGAAGGCGAAGGCUUCUUCUAUGAGUGACUGCAGAAAUUAUGAAGCCGGAGGAAGUGGAAGUACUGGUUCUGCUGGCCCUGGCGCGCCUUCGUGGUCUUCUUCUCUCAUCGAAGAUGAAGCUCAGGCCCGCCUCGGUCAAAAAUCUCGCCCGAUCAGGCGACAACGCGGGGAGUUAGAGGCAAUGUCUGAUCUGUUGGAGGCCGCGAGGGUGAAAAAGCCGCGACUUUUUAGCGUCGCGGAGCGGGUACAGAAGAUUGAGGAAGGCAGGACUGCAGCACCAGCAGCAGCAGCUUCAACCCACAAGCGGAAAGCCUCUCCAACUUCUCUUGAACAAGCCUCAUCGAGUGCUGGCACUAGUAGCUUGCGGCAAAAAAUACAAGACGUGUCCGAAGAAGCAGGGACGAGCGCGGCCACAACAUCGUCCUCUCCUCGCUUGACGCCUGACGCAAAGCGCCGGAAACUGUUUGACUCUGAAGCGCCGGCGUGGUCCACUAGUAGCGGCACCGGGAAUAAAGAGGAAGACAAGAGGACGGUCACAAAUUCAAUCCUUAGGUCCGCACCGGACUUACGGACCACCCGGCCGGGUGGUCCUUAGGUCCGGUGCCCCAAAAGUUCCGUUACGUAACUUCACAAGCUGCAGCAGCUGAGUCGGCAGAACCCUUACACGAGAUUCUGCAGGUUAUCCAUUUUUUGAUACUGUAAAAAUAUCUAGUUUUAAGAUUAAGAAUUAAUUAAUUCGUCGCCGGAGUGUGUGUGUCGAAGCCGGCGUCUCCAUGUGGUGUCGGGGCGGAUUCGGAGAGGCGCGGCGCCGAUGUGGAUUCUCCGCGACAGGCGACGGCGGUGGGACGGAAGACGCGCGACACAGAUAGCUGGAGAGGUUGACUUUCGGGCCACACAGGAAGACGGGCUGGACAUUUUCGGGCCACACAGGAGGAUAGUGGUCCCCGACUUUAUCCAAUACACACACGUAGCAGCAGAUAAUUUAUGUCAACACAGGCAGUCCUGGAAUUAAUUAAUUAACUUAGAAACUAAGUUUCUAAGUUAAUUAAUUAAUUCCCAGAGCAUGUAUAUGUCAAAAGCAUCCCUGGCUUCUUUUUAUUUUUUUUGUAUCCUUUUUGUUUUUUCUUUACAUUUUUGCUUUUUUUUGCUUUUUUGUUUUGUUUUUUCUUUUUGGAUUCUUUUUUUUUUUUUAGAAGCCAGGGAUGCUUUUGACAUAUACAUGCUCUGGGAAUUAAUUAAUUAACUUAGAAACUUAGUUUCUAAGUUAAUUAAUUAAUUCCAGGACUGCCUGUGUUGACAUAAAUUAUCUGCUGCUACGUGUGUGUAUUGGAUAAAGUCGGGGACCACUAUCCUCCUGUGUGGCCCGAAAAUGUCCAGCCCGUCUUCCUGUGUGGCCCGAAAGUCAACCUCUCCAGCUAUCUGUGUCGCGCGUCUUCCGUCCCACCGCCGUCGCCUGUCGCGGAGAAUCCACAUCGGCGCCGCGCCUCUCCGAAUCCGCCCCGACACCACAUGGAGACGCCGGCUUCGACACACACACUCCGGCGACGAAUUAAUUAAUUCUUAAUCUUAAAACUAGAUAUUUUUACAGCCCCCAUUUUUUGCAUGGAGGGGCGGCUCUAUGCCAUAGGCUGUUCUGAUGUAGCGCAAAAAGUUUCUUUAUGUGCACUAGGAAGGACUUCCUAUUUGAUUUCUGAAGCUAUUUCGAAAGCUUCGCUUUUGAUUUUGCAUUGCAGUGAAUUCGCCUUCCGCUAAAAACGUCACCCGUUGGCCGACGUCGUUCGCGAAGGCACGACACCGACGUCGUUCGCGCAGGCACAGCCACAAUCGUAUCGGGAACGGCGCUGACGCUGCGCCGGCUGAUUUUCUUGCGGCGCCGUUCCCGAUACGAUUGUGGCUGUGCCUGCGCGAGCGACGUCGGUGUGUCUGCACGUCGGCGUGCCUGCGCGAACGACGUCGGCCAACUGGUGACGUUCCGCUAAUACAGAAACUCAAACCGCAGCAAAUGCAUACACUGCAACGCAAAAACAAAAGUGGCGAAGCUCGUUAAAUAGCUUCAUAAAUCAAAUUGGCAUAGGCUCGCCCCUUCAUGCAGAAAAUGAAUAACAUGCAGAAUCUCGCGUAAGAUUUCUGCCGUCAGGGUGGGACUCAGCUGCUGCAGAUUGUGAGUGAAGUUGCGUAAAGUAACUUUUGGGGCACCGGACCUAAGUACCACCCGGCCGGGUGGUCCGUAAGUCCGGUGCGGACCUAAGGAUUGAAUUUGUGACCGUCCUCCAAUCCGAUGAAGAGGAGAAAAACAAGCCAACACCAAGCACUCACACUCCAGAUACCGCAACGCAUUCGGACGACCUCUCAUCAUAGUACCGGACAGCCUGCAUUCAUGAUCUCGUCGGGGUCAUCUUCCACUUCUCCUGCCAGCUUUCUUCUGUGCGAAGGAGAACAAGAAGACGAUACUUCUCGAGACCGGGAUUUCUAUUUGUUCGACUACCGCGUUGACAUCGGCGAGAAAAUCAAGAAGCCAACCAUUGUUAUGAAAUGCAAAAGCAUCGUACUAGUAGAAAUCGCAUUGCAAAUCAGCAUUAGCUGAAAUGGAAUUUGUAAUGUGGUUUUACCUUCAUAGAAAGCCUUGUAAUGCAUGACUGCGAUUAGUGCGAGUGCCGAUACUUUUGCAAUGCAUAAUUGUGUACGAUUGGCGAAACACCGUCGCGGAAAAAUUUUUCCAGACGGCGCUCCUCGAAGAUGUCGAACGGAGAAAGGAGCAGAUUAAAACCUGGCUGAGGAAGCGGCCGAACAUAAUGGAGGUCAGCUUCGACAAAACUCCGGGAAGAAAUCUACUUUCAAACGGGUUGGCCGUUUUCCAGGAAAAGCCACAGACGGUUGAAGUUCUUGCUGAAGGCCAGGAAGCUUGUAAGGCGAGCGGUUCUCUCUCGGGUGUUGAAACAAAGACUCUUGUGCAGCAGGAAACCGUCUCGGUUUCAUUCGAUGUUCCUGCUGACAAAAAAGAAGGUUCUUCAUCAUCCGGUCGCGCUGCAACUCCUGCUGCCAAGAAUGGUAUUGACGAUAAUUACCUCUCCAAAAAAGUGUUUCGUUUGGUGCUGGAAUACCCAGCGAAUUUUGACCACCACCGUUACGAGGUAGAGUACACCGUGACAGCUGGUGGGACCAUCAUGAACCUUCACGGCGAUCAGCUCGGUACUUCAGCACCUUCCGCUGUGCUGGCUACUCCCGAGGCCAUGGGCGCAACAAGUGCAGACGUUACACCUCGUCCUUCAUUCGGUGCUAAAACCAGCACGGCCGACGUUUAUUUCAUGCCCACGUCAUCUCGUUGGUCCUUUAUCCUUUUGACCUCCGCUGCUCGGAAUAAAAUGGGAGUUAGCGAGACAGGAGACGAUCCUUCAAGCCCCUCUUCCCUCCGCGCCAGAAUCGUCGGGCCGCAACGCCGCAAAGAUAGGUACCUGCCGACCGCGCUAUUUGACGAGGAAACGGCUUGGUCGGUCGUGAACACAAAGAGAGCGGCUUCUAGUACUCCUGCCCAUGGACGACCUCCACGGGUAGCAGCUGCGCCAGGACGAGCUAUGGUGGUGUCAGGAUUGAAAUCGUCAAAGUUGAAAUAAUUUGCCAUGCAUAAAAUGGAUGCCAGUUGAAGCCCAGUUUCCAAUUGGCGCAUGACAAAUUUGGGUAGAACCCAGAUCCAGGUUGUCAGGCUGUUCGGGUAAAGACGACGCCUUUUGUCAUGCUACUUUAGCAGCUCUUGUUCUACCCCUCAACAGGCUUGCAAUCUGCCUCCCUUGCGUCCUCUGCAAUAGAGACGGUUUCUGCGUUGCACUUUAUGCAUGACAAACUCUUUCAACUUUGUCGAUUUCAAUCCUGACGCUUCCAUACGAGCGACUUCUUGGUUACAGGACGUCGGGGACGAACAAGAAACCAUGCCGAUUUUGGAAUAUGGCGCUCUCAACUGUUACAUUCUCAGCUGUUUCGUGAAUUUGUCAUGCAAAAACAGCGAAUAGGGAAAGGGGAAAGCUUGCAAGUCUCGCAUCACAAAUUUGGCACGGAUUCAGAUGCUGUCUAGCCCUUCGAUAAUUUGUCAUGCGAAGCAGCUUGAUCGGCUUGCGGCUCAUGGUCAUUUUGCAUGACAAAUCAUGUAACAGCUGAGAAUGUAACGCUUGAAAACGCCAUAUGGAAAGCCAGCUUUUUCUGUUUGACUUUCGAGCAGGUAGUACAAGAACUCCGACGGAGAUGAAAAAUAAAAUGCCGCUCGUAGCCCGGGUGCUUACCAGUGCGGGGCUGAUCAACGGGGCCAUUGCCGCGUCGGAGAUUAUGCAAGAACAGGGAAGGAAAGCCGAAGAGCGCGGGAGAAACCUUUUUAAAUUUUUAGCACCGGGAGUCGGCCUGUCGGGGUUGUUCGUAGCAGACGAAAUGGAGAACCAGAUGGCAAAAGCGAAAGCGGGUCAACCUGUUCUUGAGGACCCAGCUGCAUAAGACGAGCGGAUGUUUACCGUUUUUCUUGCCCGGCGUGAAACCAGAUGAAACUUUCCGGUAGCAAGCUAAAAACGACAACCACAAGUACAACUGAGGCGCUUCAACGAGCAGCAUGCACGCACUUGUACUAUGAUCAAUCAAGAAGAUCACUUUUAUUCGCAUGUAUAUGUACACCCACCACGUUCUACUUCUUUGUCUUUCAGCUAUUCAUUGUUCUGUUCCCUAGCUAGUCUUUCACCGCAUUCCAGAUCAAUGUAUGAUUUGUACAAUUCAUAAUACCCGCAAUAUUUUUAUAGACUCGAAUAGAAGAAGGAAAACAAAAAUACGCGUCACGACCGUCUGGUGCAGCCGUGUCGUGAAUGGAAAAUUAAAAAGCGUUCAAUUGGAUGAAGCCGCACCAUGAUUUUGAUUUCUCAAGCAUAAAACUUCUACUCCAUCCGUAAUAUGCGGCGAUUCGUAAACGAAAACGCACUUUUGAAACGAGAAUACCAAGAAACUGAAACUGCAGGCUCGCCCUGCAACUUCGAGCGCAGCUGC